AUGUCCGCGCUGACUGUACGGAUACACCGGGGUCGUACACAUGUACCUGUCGAGAUGGAUAUACUGGAGAUGGACGGAGAUUUCAUAGAAUAUCUAAAUUUGAAAAAAACUGUAUCAUUAUAUUUAACAGCUAGUUUAUUGGAAAGGGAAAUUAGUGUUGGUUUUGUUUUAAAUCAUGUUUGGUUGAAUUUAGAUAUCGACGAAUGUCUUGUACAGACGUCGUGUGGUACCAAUGUCAACUGUACCAACACAGAUGGAUCAUACACUUGUACGUGUUUGAAUGGAUAUUCUGAAGAUGGGCAAACAUCUGCAGCUGUGCCACUGAAAUCUACUGCUGUAGAAACUGUUGCCAUUGUUUUGGCUGCGACGACGACGAUAUUAGCUGUACUUGUUAUUAUCUUGGCUGUCGUCAUCAUUAGAAUGCGAUCCAAAUUGGCGGAGUCCAAGGUAAAAUUGUCCGACGUAAGACUAGGUGACGAAAACCAAGCUACCUCAGUGUAUGAAGACGUCCAUGAUAACAACACAGUUGGUACUUCUCCAUCUGAUCUACCUAUAGAAUCCUAUGGGUACGGAAGAUCAGCACCUACUGGAGAACAUGAUUACCAAAACGAACAAGGACUAUCGGGAAACAACGACCAACAAACAAACACGUACGAGAGACUGGAUGUGGACGUUACUGGCGAGCGAGGUACAUAUGAGAAGUUAAAUGUGUAAAUUGUUUGUGGAACCAGAACAGAAAUGUUGCUGGUAGUAUUCGUUACAGACUGUAUCUAGAGUGUCCAUUCCUACAAGGAAGCGUCUAUCAAAAGCACAUUCCAGUAUGAGAUCAACCGUUGAUUCCAAAGAGCCAGGGGCCUAAUUCACAAAGGUCUCUUAGGCUCUGCUAGACAACAAAUAAUCCUAUUUGUAAGAAUUUGGCAUUGCACUGCGAGAUGGCAAAGUUGCGAGAGUUUAGUGAAUUAGGCCCCACGUGCCUUUUGCAAAUCGUCGGCUAUGACAGAUUUGUCGAGUAUUAGUAUUUAAAAUCCACCGAGUAACAUGUUUUUUACUUCUUCUUUUUUUUGGUGUUUUUAAAAUAAAUUGAAAGAAAACCUGUGUUCACACACGUGUCUCAUAAACAUGCUGUGUCCAGCAUUUUGUAAGUGUGUGUAAACUCAUCGGAUGAGAUGAACGUGAGUUCAUUAUGUAUAUACAUCCCUGGGUAUUUUCAUAUUCUGUUGUACAUCGAACCCAACAUAUAUAUUUUAAUACUGCACUGCACAUACAACCAUCUGUAUACUUUUUUCAUUUCAACUUAUUUUCGUGCUUAUAUUUAAUUAAGGUUUAAGCACGCUGUCCUGGGUACACACUUCAGCUAUAUGGGCUGCAUGUCCAGGGCCC